UAAUUUCCUCCAACCACAAAACCCUAACUCCUUCCCUUUCUCUUUCGUUCGCUUCCCUCCCCCUCGAAUACCAACUGGACGUGUCCUCCCACAGUCCGCCACGCCCCCAUGCCGUGGUGAAGAAAAACCUGGAGCAGGAGCCGGAGCUGGAGCCGGAGAUGCUGCCGUGCCACGUCUUGGCGUCACCACUCUCCCCGCAGCUCUGUCUCUCCGUCUCUCUGCCUCGUUUACGACGGCCAUAGCGGGUCAUCGCCACCAACCCGUGCCACCGUCGUUUCCUCCUCCACCAUUUCAGAUGAUAAUCUACGGGGGCUUAUGCCUUCGAUGGCAGCUACUUCAGAUGGCCUAACCACAUCUGCUUCUCGAGGAUUAUGAGGGGCUGCAGAAGAAUUGCAGCACGAACAUGAGUGCGAUUUUAUUACAGGUUAUAGCAAGAGGUGUAGAGUGUGAUUUAGCUCUUAUUUUUUGGUGAAAGCAAGGAGUUAUGAGAAGGCACCGAGCCACUGCAUUUUAGAUGCUAGCUUAUGUAAUUUACAGGGGAUUGGUUCGAUUGGAUAUUCACUUUCUCACAUAAUGCUAUUUAGUUUUUAGAUGCCACUUGUUUACUCAUGAAAACUAUUUAGUAUUGGUGAGUAAACAUUGGAUCUUAACAAUUAUUGAGCCUUACAAAGAUUGUGUCUAUGUGAUGGAUCCUUUGUCUCAUCGGAAUCGUGAUGCCACUUGGAAAUCCGUAGUUGACACCGCAAUGACCAUUUUCAAUGCAACAAAGGAAAAGAAUAAAUUCAAGAAACCACCAAAAUGGGAAAUUGUUAAGGGCCCAAUACAACCCGAUUUCAAACAAUGUGGCUUUUACGUGAUGCGAUUUAUGAAAGAGAUCGUAAUGGCGUGUCAAGACGAUGACUCCGUUUUCGUGGCUUCAAUGUUUAAAAAACGUGAGUAUUCUAUGAGUGAGAUAAAUGAGGUUCGAGAAGAUUGGGCAACUUCUGCCAUUAAUGAGCUUUGACAUGUGACAUGGAGAAGUUCUUGCGCGUUGAUAUGGCAUUUUGAAAGCUUUUUGGAACAAUAUAAUUUGUGGGUGUCGUAUGUAGGUGAAUUUUGUUGUUGGGAGAUGUGGUAGAACAUUGGUUCUUAUUUUGUUGUUGUUGGAUGAAUAUUGGUUAUCAAUGUUUAAUUGGUCAUUUUCAGUA